ACUCGCAGAGAGACAUCAUACUUCGCUACGCAUGAAGACGAUAAUAUAACAUCUAUGGGCUACUAUUCAAUGGAUCGACAUGAGUCUUAUUCAGUGAGAGAUUCCUCGUUUGUCCCAGUUUCAACUCGUCCCGAGAGAUCAGAGGUCACCGAGCUUGAAAUCAAGGAGCUUGUGGAGGAGCUGCGAGAAACCGAUUGGAUGCGGCUCGGCAGCCAUCUUGGAAUCUCGACCAGUAGACUUGCCGCCUUCAGGGAGCGUUAUCAUGGCAACGUACCGCUAUGUUCGAUGGAGGUUCUGUUGCUAUGGAAACACAACUGUUCAGAGGUCAUCAACCCAAGAUCUCAUCUGGCCCUGGCACUGUCAACAAUUGGACGCGAAGACCUUUACGGCAAAAUCAAACGUAAUUAAAG